AUGAAAGGAUUUGUGACCGUUUGUAUAUUUGCAAUUCUGUCUGUUGGCCAAGUAAAGGUCCUGAAUAAAAGUAACAGCUACAACAACAUCAAUUGCGAUAAUCAUGAUAAUAAUUAUAUAAAUGAUAGCGAUAAUGAUGUUAAAAGUAAUAACGAUGAUAACAACGUUGUUCAUGACAAUGACAAUAGCGAGGGCUUUUGCACUGAAAAUGAUGACAAUGACGAUGAAAAUGACAAUGAAAAUGAAGAUGACAAUGGCAAUGACAAUAACAUUAAAAAUGGCAACGUCAACGUCAAUGACAAUGACAGUGACAAUGGAAAUGAUAAUGGCAAUGGCAAUGAUCCUGAAAAUGGCAAUGGCAAUGGCAAUGGCAAUGACGAUUACUAUGACAAUGGCAAUGACAAUGACUAUGACUAUGACUAUGACAAUGGCAAUGGCAAUGACAAUGGCAAUGACAAUGGCAAUGAUUAUGACAAUGGCAAUGGCAAUGACAAUAACUAUGCCAAUGGCAAUGACAAUGGCAAUGGCAAUGACUAUGACUAUGACGAAGACGAAGGCGAAGACGAUGACAAUGGCAGUGAUCAUGACAAUGGCAAUGACAAUGGCAGUGAUCAUGACNUUUUCUUGUUCGAGUGGUGUGUAUAUAUACUAAUCGCCUGCUGGCAACCGGUUAUGAAUUCUGGUCGCCAGUGCAAAGUUUUUAGUCGCAUUGGCGACCAGGAAAGCGCAAUUUCGGACACUGUAUACACCUUCAAAAACUCAAAAAAUGAUGAGAAAACCUUGAGUGGGCUGUAA